UGACUUUCCCAUAGUCAUGGUGCUGGCAGUGAUAUUACGGGUAAGAAAUUAAGAAUGUGUGCCUGCACAUAUGCAGUGCUAUGCACCAAACAACUGUGAGUGGUAUGAUAUAAACAUCACUGAAAAUAUUUUCAUCCUUCUUUCUACUAGGACCACUCCUGUGCAUUGCCCAAUUCUCCUUCUCGUCUAAAGGCCAGACUCAGUGAAGCUUUGGCUAGAGUGGAGAGUUUAGAGCGGGAGAAGCAAAAUGCAAGAGAACGGCAAAGAAAACAUAAAGAGUCUUCUGGAAGAUCUGAAGGAAAAGAACCUUAUUAAUGAGGAGUUGAAUGAAAGGCUUGUCUUCCACUCUGAUCUUCAGGUAGACCUCUUUUCAAAUCGGGGCCAUGAAUACACCAAGGACCAGAGAGAGUUUGCCCUCACACUGCACCUCCAUGGCCCAAAAGCCUACAGUUACCUGAGGGAUUCUCUGCAUCUUCCCCUGCCACAUCCACAUACAUUGCAACGGUUGAUGCAAUCAGUGGAUGCCAGGCCUGGGCUCAACACAAUGAUGUUGGACAUGUUGAAGAUAAGAUGUAAAGAAGACCCUGUUAAAUAUGGCUCUGUGGCCCUCAUGUUGGAUGCCAUGGCCAUCAAAAAACAUGUCCAGUACAAUCCCCAUACCCAGAAAAUGUCUGGAUAUGUGGAUAUUGGGAAUGGCAUGGAUGAGACUGAUUUAGCCACAGGGGUGCUUGUUUUUAGGGUGGUAGGAAUACAGGGUCAUUGGAAAGCUCCAAUUGCCUACUACCUCACAAAGUCUCUGUCUCCAGACACAGAAGGUCCUGGUUGUCCAUGCUCUGGAGGAAUUGCAUGCACGUGGCAUAAAAGUGGUCUGCAUGACAAUGAAUGGACAUGCUUCCAAUGUCAACAUGUGCAACCAGCUCGGGUGUCAGCUAAAGGGAAACCCCAAUGAGCCGUUCAAAACCUUCUUUGAACAUCCAGUGACCGCUGACAGGGUGUUUGUGUUGAUGGACGCUUGUCACAUGUUGAAACUGGCACGCAACAUGUUGCAGGCUUACAGCCCGAUAACCAGCGCCACUGGAGAAAUCAGCUGGUCAUACAUCGUUGAGCUCAACAAUGUCCAAGCAAAAGAUGGACUGCAUGCGGCCAACAAGAUAACAAACAAGCAUGUUCAAUUUGAUGGCCAGAAGAUUAAGGUGUCCCUGGGCUGCUCAAACACUGAGUCAAUCUGUAGUGAUAGCACUGCGCACACUCAGAGACCUUGGUUAUUCACAGUUUAAAAACUGUGAAGCAACGGCAGAAUUCAUUGAGGUAACAUAACAUACAAACAUUGUUAUAUAACACUGCAUAUUCUGCAUGAAAGCUAAUACUUACCUGUAGAGGGAAAUCCAAGCAGAGCUUUGUACUAAAGUACUUUUUUUGUAUAUUGAAAUUAGAUUAUAAUUUGAUUUCCAUGAUAUGAUACUACUGUUAUGGGUGAUAUAUCAGUUAACAGAGCCUUAUGCUUUUUUAAGAUGAUUGACAGGUUGUUUGACAUCCUGAACAGCCGCAAUCCCCAUGCCAAGGGUUACAAAGCUCCUCUGAGUGCUUUGAAUUGGACAGAGAGAGUAGAGCUCUUGUUGAGAGGCAGGGAAUACUUGCUCAGUUUGAUGGCACACCCCUCCACCAAACAAAGAGUUUUGUUUUUUUUUAUAUCGAAUGGUUUCCACGAAACAUCGUAAGUUAAUAUGAUGCUCUGUUCUCUUGCUACACAUCGAGUUCAUAAGAUGUUCUUUCUCUGGUUUGGAUCGUUUUGCUGUCUGCAGUUUUGUUUCUGUUGACUCUUCUGUUCAGUAUUUUCCAGGUCAUACAGGACAGGUGUCAAAUAUGGUAUGUAUGUUCAUAUGAUGUUGCAUUUUGCAAAACCAGAGGCAGGAGAUAAUGUGAGUCCCUCCUGCUUUAAGGAGCAUAUCUUGUAUUGCACUUUUUCUUCUUGUUUAUGAUGUUUGUCUCUGCAUGUUGAAAUCUUCUUGUGUUCAGUGUUUUUCAGGUCAUAGAGGUGCCAAAUGGUAUGUACAGUAUGACAUGUUCUUGUUUUUAAGCUCUUCUUGUUCAGUUUUAAUAUAGUUCCUAGUUGUUCCUGACACUGACUUAUGCUCUCAAGAAGCACCCAGUAAUUUUGCACCCAGUAGAUUUGUACUGCACUUAAAUCAUUUACCAUUCAGGGACUUUAUUGGAGCAAAACAUUUAUUGCUACCACUAUCUCUGUCGCCAUGUGUUGUGUUACAUGUUAUGAAUAUUUGUAAAAAAGUCAAUUAAUGUCUUUCAAAAACUUACAAUUGCAAUUACUAGGUGCUCUCAAGGUGUCUUGUUUUGCCAUGAUCUUAUUGAUGAAAUGUUUUCUUUUGAAGGUAUCUGUCAGUCAUUGGCUUUGUCAUCAACAUGGACACAUAGUUGAUGAUGAUUCCUGACCUGCUCCAAGUUCAGUGUUAUGUCUGCACAUACCGCUUCAGUCAGGAUCACUUGGAGCUUUUGUUCAAUUCUGUCAGGGCAUCAGGAGGCUGGAAUAACUAUCCAACUGCAGGGCAGUUCCAAGGCAUUUUCCGUCGUCUGAUGGUUCGUUGUGGUGUCUCACCAAGUGGGUCAGGCAAUGUGGCAGCACAAGAUGAAACUGUGUCCCUAUCAGCUGCAGAAAUGCACUCUGCUUUAAUGGCAGAGGAAGAGCUCCUAUUUCCAUUUGCAAACAUAUCUGCAGUCAUAUGUGACCACAGUUACCUGCCCACCCGCUUUGGUGGUCUUGUGGACAAUGCCCUUGUCUACAUUUCAGGGUUUGUUGUCAGAAAUUUUUUUAAAAAACUGUCCUGUGAGGUGUGCCGUGCAAGCCUCGUCACAGCUGCUGUACCCUCAUCUUUUGAAAAGAGCUACCACCUGCUUGAACUUAAAAACAAUGGUGGGCUGAUGAUCCACUCAGAGGGAACAGUGAAGGUGGUCAGAGCAGCAGAGCGUGUGAUUCGACAAAACUCAAAGCAACAAGGGGUCCGUGUGUCCUUCGUCAACCGUUUUGUUCGGGCGGAGAUUGGUUCAGAGGAUGUGUUCUUACUCGGGGAGCACAUUGCAGACACCCAAUUUGGAAUUGAGAACCAUCAUUUCAUGCUUGUGUCAUUUGUGGUGUCUGUAUUUCACAAAGUAAGGCUGCACCACAUCACAAAAUUAACUACCCUGGAGUUACAGAGUGCAAGCAUACGCAAGAAGCUGUGCAAAACAGUUCUUUUUAAAGGAUUUUAGCUCCCCAGUCCCAGUUGCAAGCCUGACAGGGUAAUGUAAGAUGCUGGAAUGACCUGGCAUUAUAACGUUUACUUUAGGCCUUUACAAAAAUGUUCUGAGCUGGUACAGUAUAUAUGGGAGCUUGUAUGUAUAUGUGUUACAGAAGGUGAGUGAGUGUGUGAGUUAGAGUGUG